CAACCACCACACCACCGAUCUCUCAGCUCGCAGCCUCACACACUCCCUUCCUCCCUCCCCAAACAAUUUCCACGCGACCAACCAGCUCUACACGCGUGCUGAAACCUACCACAUCCAAUUCCAAUCGAUUUCCACCCAGAACCAAUUAUCACCAGUCCUGCGCGCGCACUCUGUCUCUCUCCCUUGGCCGAAAUCCGGGGAAGCUCCGACUCCAACACACUCAACACACACACACUCUCUCUUGGUCGCACCAAUAAACAAUACGCCACAACGCAACUACUCUUCAAUACAGAGACACGACACAGCAAGACACUGAUGCGGACCCAUCAUCGCGCGCACUCACGUCCCCGUCUGCUCUCAUGUUGCUGAAGCCGUCCGACGUCUUGUUCCUCGCACCAUGUCGGAUUCAGUGGAUCGUGUCUUCGUUCAUGCCCUUAACACGGUGAAACGCAUUCCCCGCACGGGGACCGCUAGACCGCCGGCGUCGGAGAGAUUGAAGCUUUAUGGCUUGUAUAAGCAGAGCAUGGAAGGCGAUGUCGAAGGCGUCAUGGAUCGACCGGUCGGGAAUACCGCGGAUGUGUUUAUGGAGUGUGAGAAAUGGGACGCAUGGCACGCCCAACGAGGCCUCUCCCGAACAGAAGCCAAACGACGCUACAUCUCCACCCUCAUCGAAACCAUGCAUAACUACGCUUCCCAAACAGCUGAGGCAAGGGAACUCGUCGCAGAAUUGGAAUUCGUCUGGGAUCAGAUCAAAUCCAACCCGUCUUCGUCGUCUAUGUCAUCAUCUCAGGGCCUCGGUAGUCCGGUGGCUUCGGCGGCAGCGGUGUCCAUACGAGAUCAUGCACGGAUUCAGCAGCAGCAGUUCCAACAGUCUAAUAAUAGAUUGACUCGUCCGGAGUAUGAGCAGUUACUUGCUACCACCGCUAGAGGGAGAGGGAGUGAGAGAUUACGGGUGUUGAGUCCGGUUAGUCAGGCGGAGUCGGGGUUUCGACGACAGAUGGAGGAUGAACCACCUGAAGAGGAAGAAGAGGAGGAGGAGGAGGAAGAGGAAGAAGUGUACGCGGAAGCGCAAGAUAAUCUAUUCGAGAAUGAAGAUGACAACGACGAAGAAGAAGAACAACAUAUGGAGGAAGAAGACUACAACAACAACACUCACGACCGUCACGAAUCGCAUGACUACCACCAACAACAACAAGGGUACAACUUUCCCUCCCACCAGGAGGAAGACUACGAUCACGAUACAACCCUAAGUCGAAGACGACGUCGACCACCACAACCACCCCCGGACAACUCCAAACGCUGGCGUCGCACCGUCGAGCAGGCCUUGACGACCAUGACCGCCGAGAUCGCCGCCGUGCGAGAGCAAUUGGAAGCGCGAGCGCUAGCUCAUCGUCGACGAACGGGCCUGUGGGCCUGGCUGAAGUGGCUGGUCUGGGUCGCUGCACGGCAGAUCAUGGUUGAUCUGGCGUUGCUCGGUAUGCUUCUGAUCUGGAUGAGACUGCGGGGGGAUCGCAGGUUAGAGGAGAAGUUGAAGGUGGGUUGGGCGGAGGUGAAGACGAGGUUGGUAUUCUUGAUGCUGUUUAGGAGGGUUAGGAGGGUGGUGUCCGCGUCUCCUACGUCUUCAUCUUCAUCUUCGUCUGGUGAUAAGGCCUCGUCGUGAGGCGAAUUUUCUUUCUUUUGUCUCUUCUGGUACAUAUACAUAUACACCUUUUUUUCUUCUCUUCUCUUAUCUUUCUUAUUUUUACUUCUUAUUCCUAUACCUAUAUUUCUUUCUUUUAUUAUUUAUUUCUUUUGUUAUUGUGUCAGGUUGAUCAUUAGAGGUUGUUUGUCUACUUCUCUACUUCUCUUUGAGGUGUUAUACUUCAUUGCAGUGGUUAGCUGUCUGCAUAUUCCUGCGGUGUUCUGGUUGUACACUUUUGUAUUCUAGGUGAUUUACAGUCUAUAGAUCUGGAG